AUGAUCAAAUUGGCACCGUUCGGCUUGAUUUUCCUUGUUCUUCCUGAAUCGAUUCCUCUGUUUGUUAUAUUUGCACCUGGAAUCAUCCCUAGCACCUGCCUUACUGAGAGCCAAGUGCUGAAGCAACGACAAAAGCUGGAUGAAGCUAGACAGCGGAUGUCUUCAAAUGUUAUCCAGGCAUCUCAUCAAAUUGGACGUAUCGCACCCGAAGAUUUUCUGUCGCUUCGAAAAUUUUUCAAGAUUGCAAAGGGUUAUCACUACGAUUUCGAAUUACCUCAGGUUAACAAGGACAACCUAAGUGCUUAUUGCCGCUUUAUGGGCUUGAAAGGCUGGGGUACAAAGGGCAUGUUGGAAAAGCGGUUAAAUAAACAUUUGGACUACUUAUUGGAAGAUGACAAGUUGAUUGCCAAAGAAGGUAUUGAAAGCCUCAAUAUGCCAGAGUUGCAACACGCUGUAGAGGAACGUGGCAUGCGCUCAGUCGAUGUCAAUGAAGAGCAGCUUCGUCGUGGUCUUGACUUCUGGAUUGCCGUGCAUAUGAACAAAGAACAGUCAAUUCCCCGUGGCUUGCUCGUGUUCAGUAGAAUAUUCUUGCUUAAUGCCAACUAUAAAUAG